UAGGGCAGACUGGGAGUGCAUUGCUGUAGCCUGGAAGGACUGUGAUUUCCCGCUAGUCAGAAGAUGGUAUUAUUUUACCAAGGAUCUGUCUCUGGUAUAUGGAUUUAGAAAGACAUAAAACAGAAAUCCCUCAAACAAGACUUUAAGAAAGAAGAUUAUGGUACUCAGCAAAAACUCUGAGAAGAAAGAAGUUUGGACUGAUGGAACCAAACACACUGACUCUCUAAACAUUCAAAGAAAACAGAUUUCAUCGAAUGCACCUGGAACACAGAUUCUGAAUUUUACCUUUAUCCCAACCCUCGGCACACUUCCCUCCCAAGUACUAGUUGGAAAGGACCAUAAUUACAAGCUGAAAGUUGUCAGCUGUAGAAGAGAGGAAAUGUCAGCAAAGCCUGAAGGAGCUUCUGUAAAAGAGAAAAACAAAAAUGCAACCAGUGGCAGUAUCCCAGAUUCUUAUCACACAUCCAGCGUUGAACAGAAUUUUACAGGACACGAGGUAUCCGCAGGUCAGGCACAAGAUAUUCAGCAAAAUGAUCUAUUCAUAGCAGAAUUUGUCCUUGUUAUGGACUCUGAUGAAGGUGAAGAUGAAGGAAUGAAUAAAAGCAACGAAGCCUUGACUUUUGAAGAAGAAAGUUAUAAAAUCAGUGGAGCACAACUGCAAGAAAAGCCUAUAGCAUCUCUAUCAGAAGUAACUGUUAAUGAGAUAUGCAUCCCUGAAGCAAAACAAAAUGAACUAUCACAAGAUGUAAACUGUGAAGAAAAAGAACUGGAGCUUCACUCUGUUGUUUCUUCUAUUGGCUCUUUUUCAUAUAAACCUCAACUUGCAAACUCAUAUUCAACUAAUCCAAGAUUAAAUCAUAAAAAGCCACUCAUACACUGUAUUUCUGAAAGCCGAGAGUUUCUGUUUAGCUCCGCUCCAUACAGUAUUUAUGAUGAACAGACUUUAACACAUUCACCUACUCCUAAUAAACUUGUUUCACCAACUUUAUCUAAAUUAAGUACUUCUCCAGUAAAUAUGCAGCAUACAUUAAUACAUGGAACAGAUGAAACCAUUAUGAAGGUUUCACAAUUUCCAAAUGAACUAGAAAUGCAAGACACAGUUGUUAAAGAUUCGUCUAGUACUUCUUGUGAAAUGAGACACAGCCCAUCUCCUUUCCAGUUAAAUAUCAUUAGAUAUCCUCUUUGUGCUAGUCCUAGUCCACUCCAUUCACCGUUUCAUGGCUCAUCUUCAACAAUAUGUAGCAUGGGUGAAUCUGGCAAUCCAAUCUCACCUGCUUCUAGUUGUGAAGCAAUUUCUCCAGUUCCAUCACGUCUUUCUUUUUUAACAUCUGUACUGAGAUCCAAAAAGACAAGUGAUGGAAGACCCCAUUCUCUUAAUUUGAGCCAGUUUAAUCUAACUUCUCGACCUACAAAUUCAGGUUCUUUUUUACAGAAGCCUGUAAUGCCCUCAACUGUUACUAGAAAGUCAGUUUCCUGUUUCUCUCUUGAUAGCCCACAAGAAUCCAAAAGAAAAGACUUUCAUGGGCAAACUGAUGGUUCUUUCCAUCAAAGGUCCAUUAGGACUCUUUCUCCUGAUUCUGAAUAUUAUACAAGUGUUCUAAAUUCUCCCAGAACACAAACACCCACAAUUCCACCUUAUUUCUUCAAAGAAAAUAUUCCACCAACUAAUGUGAAACCGCCUUUAAAUAAACCCUUAAAAAAGUAUCCUCUUCCUGCAAAAUAUAGAAAAGUUGCAUCAUUACCUUUGAAUUUGUCACAUUCUAGUCCCCAUCUCACCAGUCAAAAACGAGCAACAUCACCACAUUUACAAAGUUCUAUAAGCUCUUUUGGUUACAAUAGACCAACAAACUAUACACCAGCCAAGUACUCAGAUGCACAUUCUAUGCACCUCUCUUCCAACACAGAAUUACAGAACACUUCUCAGUUGAAUACCAGUGGUAUUCAGACAUCCCCAAAUGAAAACAAAUAUAUAGUCCCGUCCAUUUCUUUAUCAUUGCAACCAAAUGAGAAACAUCAGCCCAACACAUUCGGCCUUGAGGAAUUAUCAAGGGAACACGAGCCAAUAACUACAUCACUUGAUAGAAAUCUGUCAUCUACAAGGUCAUCUUUGUCAAGAUCAAGCGAAUUGCUAUCAUUAUCACAGUGUUCUGACCACGAAAAUAAAAAGUUAUAUAGGAUCAAGCCAAACUAUAAAGUUUUUGCUGCGAUUCCUACAAAUAAAUUGCUUUUGGAUCAAAAGGCGCUUGAUGAACCUGAAAUGAGUGAAGAAACUCCUAGGUUUGAUGAAACAACGGAAACACGUCCGGAGGUUUAUUCUCCGGCUCUGCUAAGGCAACAGACAGAAGAAGUUUGUGCGGUGAUUGAUGAAGUCUUACAUGACCCUCUUCCUUUGCACUGUGACUCUUCAAGGCCUUCCAAAACAAGAUGGGAUUCCAAGCGUUUCAAUCAAAGUUCUCAGAUGCCAAAGUCUUCAUCGGGAUCUGCGGGAAGAGAAACAAAAUAUGCUUCCCUUCAGUCACGGAAGAAUGCAGUGAUUGACUGUCAACAAACCAAACCUGGGGUGAUCAAGCCACUUGCAUCAAAAGUGACUUAUAUGGAGAAGAAAGAUGAUGAUGAUUGCAGCUCUAAUCCAUUCUCACAUUGCACUUCCUCCAGAAAAGAACUUGAUGAUGUGAGAAUCAAGAAGAGGACACAUCAAAAUACAGAUUUAUAAUUUUCCAAAUACAUUUGUUUCCAUUAAGCAUGUUUUCCUAUUACAGGAUAUGCAAUGUAUUACAGGAUAUGCAAUGUAUUAAAGAUAUCCUAAGCUAUAUUAUCAUUGUUAUGUUGCCAUGAAAUGUAUAUACUAUCUAAAUUAUAUUACCUGUCAUAAAUGUAUUCUAAGAAGGAGUUUAGACCCUUUGUAUUGUUAAGGUAUGAUGGAUAGUGUCUGUCACACAUAUUGGAACACUGUUUUAAUGGCAAUGUUUAAAUCAUUGUAAAUUAUCGCUGCAGUCAUGCUCACAACCAUAAGACUGAUGUCACUCUACUGUUCUAAAAUUUGUAAUAUCUCUAGAACUUCAGAUAAUCCCAUAAAAUACCAUCAGUGUUCUAAUAUAGUAAUGAAUUAUGUAUAAAUGAUCUUUAAAUGGUAGGAUGUCUUGCUAUCUUUAUUAUUAGAUUUUCAAUACAAUUUUGCAUGUCCUGUUCUAGUACAUUUUAUUGUGAAUUAAUAGCUCUAUAUUUUCUACUAUUUCAGCAAAGGGUAGAAGGUUAAUUAACCUGAGAACGAGUAGGAACUGAAGUGUGCUUAACUGAUGGUGAUCAGUCUUCAAGAUAAGCUACUAAAUGUAGCCCUCAUAGUUACAACACAGUUCAUUAUGAGAUGUUUUAACAUAUCACCUAAUGUGCUGCAACAGAAAUGCCCAACAUAUGGCUACCAGCCCUUGAAAUAUAAAUUCCAGCAAGACUGUUAGACAAAUAUGAUGGUUGGAUGUCAAUGAUGGGAAUUAUAGCUGAACAACAAGUAGGGGUUAUUUUAAUUUAGGAAACACUGCCAUAUUUUACAUUUUCUUCAUUUGUAUAAACUGUAUUAUAUAACUGAUUCUUACUUGGGCAUCUGUAUUUGCCAUAAAAGAAUUUGUUUUAGCAUUGAAUAGUAUUUUGGUGCAAUGCAGAACAUUAUAUGCAGUGUGUGAGUUUCAGAACUAUUUCUAAUUAAAUGGACAUUCACAAUACCAGCUCUUGACAUGCAGAAUAUUGUUUGUAAUCUAAAAAAGAACAUGAUUAAUUUCGCUCACAGCAUUAAUAGAGAUGCAAAUCAAAUUAAUAUGUUGACAGCAAAUACUAAACAAGAACAUCUGUACUCUUUAAAUUAUUCAUUAUGGAGAGUCUCCUUAAGCUCUAAAAAUGAGACUGUCACCAAAAGAAAUAAAUCUAGCACAACUCUAGGUCUAUAUUUUUGUAUGACCCAACAAAAGAGCAAAUGUAAUUUUUUGAAAACAGAUUUGAUUGUAUUGUGCUGUGUAAUGAAUUUGUUGUGAAACUUU